GACCCCGCGCCGUCUGGAGCUGACCCUGCCCGCCAUCAGCGAUGUGUCGGCUGCGCUGACCGGCGCCGCUCCCGUGCCGUCGCGUCAGCUCGCUCUGAGCUCCGCCGCCCAGCUGCCCGUCGAGGCGCCGACAGCUCAUGCGGGAACCAAGAGGCGAUAGGCAUCGUGCGAGCAAUGCGGGUACGGCAAUGUUUGCUGGCAACUCUGCUGACCAUCUUUGGUGACCUGGCGCUGGGACGAGACCAGAGCACAUCAUCUGAGCUGGUGACGUCAUCCAGCUCCAGUCACCGGCGCAGUCGACGGGAGGCCAAUAGCUGCUUCUACAAUGGAGAGUUGUACAGGUGCACCUUCUCAAUUACCUGCAUAUUCACUGGAGGCAAGAUCAUGCCCAACUGCGGAAACCUGCUCUACUCGUGCUGUUUGCCUGAGUCGACGAAGCGCUUCAGCGGCCACCGGCACGACCGGGGCUUUCGCUUUCCCUCGUUCCCGCUGUCGCUGACCUCAGGUCGCCCGGCGCCGCGCCGCGUCAUCUUCCGACGCCAGCCACACGUGUUCGGGACCCGUCACUUCGGCGGCCGGCGUCCGCGGCCGCCGCGUCAACACCUGGCGGCACCGAGCUUGCCGGCGCUGCCUGACCUGCGGCACCUGGCCCUCACCAACUUCUUGCCGCAACAGGGGCACAACGAGAUCAGUGGCUCCUCUCACCGCGAGCCAGAGUGCGGCGUGCCGCUGCCGCGUCUGCAGAAACGCAUCAUUGGAGGCUACGAGGCCGACUACGGCGAACUACCCUGGCAGGCGCACAUCCGCAUCCUGGGCUACCAGUGCGGCGGCGUGCUGGUCAGCAGGCGGCACGUGGUCACGGCCGCUCACUGCGUGCACAGAGCCAACCUGAAGGACAUCAAGGUUCAUCUGGGCGAGUACGACACCAAGGACACUGGGUUCUACCCGGAACCGUACCCGUCUGCCGUACGCUCGGUGGCCGAGGUCCGCAUCAACCCCCGCUUCCACUACAUGCUCACCCAGCCGGACAGGUUUGACGUAGCCGUGCUGCGGCUGGACUACCCGGUGGAUUACCGAGCCAACAUCCUGCCCAUUUGCCUGCCGGCCGACCACGCCGACUACACGGGCCACAUGGCCGUGGUGGCCGGCUGGGGCAAGACGGACAACUCCUUCAGUAAGACGGGCACGAACAUCCUGAACAAGGCUCCAGUGCCGAUCAUAGCGAACGAGAACUGCCUGCAGUGGCAUCACCAGAAGCACAUCGACCUGCAGCUCCACGCCGAGAUGUUCUGCGCCGGCCACGAGAGCGGUCAGCGCGACGCCUGCCUGGGCGACUCCGGGGGUCCGCUGAUCGUGCGGGACGGGGGACACUGGACGCUGGCCGGCAUCACUUCGGCUGGUUUCGGCUGCGCGGUCGACCACCAGCCGGGCAUCUACCACAAGGUCUCCUCCAGCGCCAACUGGAUCCGGGACAAUAUCAGGGACUGAUCUGCCGGCGGUGGCCGCCGAGACUGAGGCGCCACCCGCCAGCGUAUCGGCCACUGGGCUGGACUGCAGCCCGGCUGACAGCGGGCGGGCGACAUCGGGGCCUGGUCCAAACUGGGUUGUGGAGAACGUUCGAAAGUGAUCCGAGCUUUAUCCAGGAGGGAUCUUGGACACAAACCAGAACUGAUCCAGACCUCGUCCGGAUCGGGUCCGGGACACCGCCAGACGUGGUUCGGAUACAUGCCACACGACAUCCGGCGUUGGUCGCCGAACCAGAGGCUGCUCCCGACUGGAUGCGGGAGGCUCUUCUGGCCUGUGCUGCGCCGGACGAGUUGCAGUCGGACGCAUGAUGUGCAGCCGCAUCGAGUUGACUGGUAAUGGCAGGCUCAGACAGCUGGCUCGCGAAGACGAGGUGGCUCAGACGGCCAUCACUGCAGUGCCGCCAUCUAUAGCGGAGAAGCGUUCUCUGCCGGACAAUGCUGUCAUAGGUGGCGCUUCAGCCGAGUGCGAUGGCGUUGUUUUGGAUCGGAGGACGGACCAGGGACCAGAUCUCACGUGCCUCUCGUUUUGCCAGGAUUUUCACGUUACGGACAGAGCGCAAAGCUGAAUGAUCUGAACGUUUUGUUCGAUUCAAGUGCACCAUUGGCCCUCGUUUGGUCCUGAACCAGAAAUACGUACCGGGAACAUCACAGAAAAUGCGUCCCAUGCCUUGUUUACGUGCUCCGUGUUUUGGCGGGGAGUCGUUAUAGCCAAACCUGAAAGAUAUUGUAAUGUUGACUUGUUAAUUGUUUUUAGAGUCGUCAAUUCGUCCCGGUCCGACACAUUUUACAGUUCUCAGAGACAUGACGUGAUUAUUCUGUGAACGGUUGAUGAAGGCGAUUGGUGGGUUUGAUACCCUUGCCACAUGUCUUCACACAUUACGAACAUGUCUUCGCCACCUUCCCUGGUCCCACCAAGUCAUGAAAAUGCUUGUAUUUGUGGUACGCACAACUACAUAUGUCUUUCCUGGUCUGGUAAAGUCAUGUAAUAUUACAUUUGCAGUGUACAAUACAGCCCUGUGUCUCA